ACAUUGUAAAUUAAUAUUUCACCUUCAACAAUCUUUAACCGUCCAAAAUAUUUACAAAAUAAUGUACAUAUUUUAUUAAACAUAAUAUCGAUAAAAUAGUGUGUUACAUACCGAUUGAUUCGUUCGAUAAUGAAAUAGAAAUUUGGUGAAAUGCUAAUUGUUGGCAAUAUAGGAAAGGGGCAAUGCUCCAUUUAAAUAGUCGUUAUCCCUUUCUACUCGAUGGUUCUCAGUUCCCGUUCCCGUCAUCGUGCCACUCGCCACUCGUCACUCGUCGGCUCCACUCCCCACUACCGCCGGCCAGCGAAGUGGCUACUAUGGCGAUGUUUACAGCGUAGUCAGGGCGACUGGCCAUGUGUUCAGUCGGUGGUUUGUCGCGCGCCGGAUAACAGGGGGUUCUCUCGUGCGUGUGUUGCCUCGCAGUUCUUCGUGUACCUUCGUUUUACGAAAGCGUUCUCGUGUACAGAAACCACUUGACUGUCAAAUUAAACAUUUGGUGUCGUGCUGCUGCAGGUUGCCCGACAUCCUGUAUUUGCAACUAGCGGUUCUUCUAAUUAAACGAUACGGAAUACGAUCGUUUAAAUCGUUGAAGAUUCAAACAGAAAUUCGGAACGCAAAUUUAUUCGUUCACGGACUACGGUCCAAACACUGUGAUCGCACCGAUCGAAACGUUGAUCGAACAGAGAAUCGAAACAAUGAUAUUGGCAGUGUGUUUGGAAACUUGGUACGAAAUAUCGCGCGCAAAAAUUCCGUGCGCAUUGUUCGCGAUUAAUUUACAAAGUGACAACGUACACGCGAAGGACAAAUUUGACUCGUGAUCAUACAUUACGAAUCGAGGACAGUUCGCGCGAUUCGUUGACAUGCGCAGUUGCGAUUGUUUAGCGCGAGAAGAUUCGAUUUAAAGAAAUAUCGAAAACAAACGAUCGCGUCUCUUUUCGAUGAGUCGAAAGGGUACUGGGAGCGAAAAGGAACAGUGAUCAGUGUCGUAUGUUAUGACUGGCGUAUUUUUUACGAGGCAAAAGGAGGAGAACGAUGUGGGGUGGUUGCCGUUGAUCGUCGAUGCACGAGAAAAGCGUGAAAAUCACGAAGAAGAAGGACGGUCUCGUUUGUCGGUGAUUGGCGCGGGAUACACCAGCACCGGUAGUGCUAAAAUGCCCCGUGGCCUGCCGACUAGACGAGGCCUUCAGGCGUUGGCACUUGUUCUCGCCACCGCUUACGCCACAAUUCUCCUUUAUCAGGCCGUUGCACCGCGUCAGUGGGUUGACGAAAUGACGGUCGAAGUGAACAGUCGAAAUGUGCUCGUGGAAGUGCCAGCCCCGAGGAGAAUAAUCAGCGAGGAAUCAUCGGUGACACCUGCGAUCGCCACGGCGACGAUGGCACCGUUCACCACCAAUCUCGACGACGUGUUCAUCAGCGUAAAGACUACAAAACAUUAUCAUCAUUCUCGUCUGCCAGCGAUCAUCGGCACGUGGUUUCAAUUCGCCAAAGAUCAGACGUGGUUCUUCACUGACCGCGACGAUCCCUACUUCCAGAACCAAACCAAGUUGGAUAAUCGCGUGACAACUGACGCAACCGGAUGAUCCUUCUCGCUCAAAGGGAAAAGAAAAUGUUCCGAGCAGGCUGGACGAGAUUCCAGCAACGGCAGAUGGGGCGACCGGUUUCCGAGGGUGUUCUUCCUAUGUUCCCUGAUCGAUCGCGUCGAUUAUCCUCGAUAUCCACGCGUGAAAAUACCGAGUUCUGUUAGCGAUCCGACGUAUCCGAAGGAUCUACGGACAGGCCUCCAAAGACGCUUCUAAACGCCAGUCACUAGCGAGACGUAACGUUUCAAUCGAACGUUCUUAAGCCUGGUUUACAUUCUCUGUGUAAUCGAGACCUCCGAUCGUUCUUCUAAUGUUCUACGAUUUUCAAUUGACUUGCAUUAUUUAAGUAUUGCUGAUAUUUAUUAGAAAUUUUAUUGAGAAGUAUGUGGGGUAUGUGGAGUCAUAUGAGAUCUUCCUGACGAGGGUUGUAGGACAAAUAGGGGGUUGUCAGAUGAAGAAGGGUGUUGUCAGUCAAAUAGGGGGUUGUCAGAGAAGGGUAUUGUCAGACAAAGAGGGUUCUAAGUUUGGGUUCUAACUUCUUGAGUUCUUGCAUCCUUUUCGAGGUCUUAGGUUCCUAAGUGCGUCCAAGUGUACAGCGCAUUAGUUCGAGAGCAAUGUCGCAAUCAGUGAACAAGCAGUUGUGACGUAGAAUGUUAUCCGUGGUGUGGGUGGAUCGGCAGGAUGCCGACUACGGAAAGUCGAAGGAGAAGGGAUGAGCACGCGAACCCUCGGGCACCGUCCGACAUUUGACCUCAACACGCGCUCUGCACCGGUUUGCACCUCUGCCACGAUCGUUCUUACCUGCCUCGCAUAAUCUACCCUUGUCGCCCUUUCAUCCUUUCAACCUGCCACGGCUUUUCCUAGUUUGGAAAUCGUGCUCUUGGAUUAUUUUUAAUGCUCUUUGACGGCCAUAUGAUCAACACCAAGUGUUCGUCCUCUCACAACAGGCGGGCCCUUUGCUGCAAAAUGUCUGUGGAGUUCGACAGGUU